UAAAGAAAAACUUUGUAUGUUUUGUGAAGCAAAUAGGAGUGUAGGCAUGUCUGUGUAAGAUUUGGUUUCGGUUAGAAUUUACUGUUUUUAAAGAAACAAACCCAAGAAACUUAGGGAUUUCUUCUCGUUGCACUAGAAACUGGCUGCAGUUGGAUCAAAAUGUCGACGCUAUCGUUCGCAUAUGCACCAACUGCGUUUCGAAUGCUUGAAGGGGUGCUUGCUGUCUAUAAACCAGCAGGUUUAGGAAUAAAUUCCCUUCACAACCAGAUCAUCUCAAAGCUUUUGACAGAUAUGAAUAACUUGGAACAGCGACCACAAAAACAGAGAUUGUUGUCAAAAGUCCAAACUGCUAACUCAACCAAUCAAAGCUUGAUUCCACAAACAAAUGUUCCUGAUUGGUCAGAUCACAUACUAGUGACAGGACCAAGAUAUAGAAAUGAGGAUUUUCACAUCUCGUUUGGUAAUUUGUUGGAUGCUGAUGCAUGUGGUGUACAAGUGAUUGGUGUUAAAAAAAAGGGGGAGAAACAACUAAAAAGAUUAAAAUACAUGAAGUUGUCAAGCACCUACAGGGCUUUUGGUCAGUUUGGUUUGACAUCCAUGUCCCACAGUCCUAAAACAAGAAUCUUAGAAAGAAGUACGUGGGAUCACUUGAGCUCAGAUAAAAUAAACAGAGUACUGAUGGCAAUGCAGGGAGCUCAUAGAAACGCAAUGUUACGAGACUCUGGUUUAGAAUUGAGUAGCCACAAAGCAUAUGAACUCGCUUCUAAGGGAUUGCUUAGACCAAUGGAGGGCAAUGAACCCGUUAUAGUGGACCUUAAGUUAUCAAGUUUAAAUCUACCUCAUUUCUCACUUGAGGUCACCUGCCUGAAUGACACUUGUGGAUUUAUUCGUAAACUAGUCCAUGAGGUGGCAGCAGAACUUCGAUCCAGUGCAAUUUGCACAAAACUACAAAGACAGCGAGUAUCUGUCUUUUCACAUGACAACAAACACACUCUACUUUCCCAUCAAAUGAACGUAAACAAUUUUAUAAACUCAAUCCACCAUUAUAAAGAAGCUUUUGACUCGCAGUUGGCAAACAAAAAGAAAUAUCUUCGUAAAGAAAAUUUGAUGGAUAAUUGUGAAGUGCAAUUUUCCAAUUAAUAGAAAAAUACUUUUUUAAUAAAUUCUGGCAAGUCUGA